AUGUAUGUGUUAGUGCUAGCUGUGAUAAUUGGUGUCGUGAUAUCAUUAUGGUACUGGACGAGAAACUAUCCUCGUUCUCCUCCAAUAUAUCCUGGGGGAUUACCGAUUAUUGGACAUCCUUAUAUAGUCAUGAAGCACCGCAAAGGUAAUUUAAAUGAUCCAGAAGUCGUCGGAAACAUAGCAAACACAUGUUUGGACAAGCCAUAUUUGUACAAUUUCUUAAUUGAUAGCAUAGGAAAUGGAUUGGUAACAUUGAAUGGACCCACAUGGAGGAUACACAAUAAACUACUAAGUCCAUCGUUCAAUCAACAAGUAUUGAACACGUUUCUACCUGAAAUGAAUGGAGAGGCUCGAAAUAUGGUCGCACAAAUGACUGCUGUGGCUAGAAAUGGUCCAGUUGACAUCAAGGAAUUUAUAACUCAAUAUAUACUAAGAUCAGUUUGUCGAACAUCACUGGGAUUGGAAUCUAAACAUCAAGAUACAAUCGACAAUGGUUACGCGAAAGCGCUAGAAGAAAUCUUGAGAAUUGUAGGCUACCGUGCUUUAAAUGUGCAUAUACAUCCUUCAUGUAUUUACAACUGGACGUCAAUAAGAAGAAGAGAGUUGGAACUAGUCAAAAUUGUUAAGAAUAUGAUAAAUCCUAUAAUUCAAAAACGCAAAUCUCAAUUAAAACCUACAAAAAUUGAUAAUUACGAUAGUUCAACAACAGUUUCAGGUAAAUUCAAACCUACGCUAGAUUUGUUGUUACAUUUGUCUAAUGAACAAAACGUCCUCACCGAUGAUGAUAUUAGGGCGCAUCUGAAUACUUUCGUAGCAGCUUCUUACGACACAACUUCAGGAGUAUUGCAUAACGCGCUGAUGGUGCUUGGGUCAUAUCCUGAUGUACAGGAACGAGUUUAUGAGGAGGUUCAAGACGUUUUUCAAAACAAUGAGGAGUUGACGAAAUACGAUAUGUCAAAACUUGUAUACUUAGAAGCUGUGAUAAAGGAGGUAUUGAGGGUAUAUGUCGCAGCUCCAAUGGUGGCGAGAAAAGUUGAUACCGAUAUUGUACUACCGAAAUAUACAUUGAGAGCUGGAAGUAUAUGUGUCCUAUCAAUAUACGGCCUUCACCGUCACCCCUCGUGGGGACCAGACGCGAAGGAGUUCAAACCGGAGCGAUGGCUGAAUCCCGAUACUUUACCUACUAACCCCAACGUAUACGCAGCGUUCAGUUUUGGCAAGCGAAACUGUAUUGGGAAACAGUACGCCAUGAUGAGCCUGAAGACGUCGAUAGCGCAUGUAGUGAGGAAGUUCCGCAUUACUGCUGAUAUCAAUAUUUUGAAGUGGAGAUACGAAAUUGUAUUAAAGCCUACAACAACUCCUCUUGUUAAUUUAACAUUAAGGACUUAA